AUGCGUUUGGGUGGUCCACAUAAGCGAAAUCUCAGGACCUUAGUGAGAACCACAUUCGCGCUGGUAAUUAAGCAGAGGUACGUAGCUCAAAAUUGGAGUCAAGUGACUGCUCCAGAUCUGUUUCUUCAUGAGGAAGGGUAUAACAUUUCUAAACUUCAUACAUUUGAUGAUUUGAAGGAUAUUCUAUAUGGAGGAUCAUACACGAUUAAUAGUAUACCAAUGAUCUUGAAACAAUGGACCCUUGAAUUUGACCUUACGACUGAAUUCUUAACUGAAAUUCGACUAUGGAUUACAUUACCAAAUCUGCCAAUGAGUUGCUGGGGAAAUAAGGCUCUAAGUAAAAUAGCAAGUGCCAUAGGAAAGCCACUCUUUGCGGAUGAAUGCACAUCAAAUCAGAUGCGCAUAUCCUAUGCAAGAAUUUUGGUGGAGGCAAAUGUCACUAAAAAGCUUCCAACUGAGUUGACACUACAAGAUCCAUAUGGAAGAAUGUUCCAACAACAGGCGAUAUAUGAAUGGAAACCACACUAUUGUGCUGAGUGUAUGAAUAUUGGCCAUGAUUGUGAACUAACUAAACGAGAAAACAAAGAAGAGCAUCCUAGAGGAAGGAAAAGACAGGAGAAAGUCACUACAAGGUGGUAA